UCCGAGAAGGAGCGGCUGCCAUUACCAUCCUCCUCCUCCUCCUCCUCCUCCUCCUCCUCGCCACCAUGUCGGUGGUUUUCGUGCCGGAGCGAGUGCGGGGCAAGGCGGAGGUGAACCAGGAGACGCUGCGGCGGCUCCUUGAAGAGAACGACCAGCUGAUCCGGUGCAUUGUGGAAUACCAGAAUAAAGGAAGGGCUGCGGAGUGUGUGCAGCACCAGCACACUCUGCACCGCAACCUCAUUUACUUGGCUACAAUCGCAGACGCGGCUCCUCCACCAAAUGUUGAGAAGACUGUUGUGGAAUCAUAAGACACGCUCCUUGGCAUGAAGGAAGGACGGUGCCUCUGGUGGGGAAAACAGCUGAGCAGUACGCACACAGCCCUGCCUUCGUUCCUUCCUUUUUUGUGUGAUCUGAUAGCGAAUGGCAUUUUCUGUAACUUUACCUUUGAUGCAGGAAGGACAAAUGUGUAAUACAUUUAGCCUCCGUAAUAACAUCGCUGCACUGUUUCAGAGAUGCCUAAAGGAGCAAAUGCGGUUGUACUCUGGUUUCACUAUGAAAAAAAUUCAGAAACCAGACUGUAAGAAAUGCAGCAAGAGAAACCUGGUCUGGUUUGCUGUGUGACUAGUUGCUGCUUUGAGAAGGUUUGGAGAAACUUCUUUUCAGCGCUUCCUGCUGGGAAUCCAAUGCAGGCGACAGUUCACUGUACUCCUCUUUGUGUUUCCUUGACUUACUUUUAAAAGUAGUACUCUUUCCUAGUAACCAAUAGGUUAAUUAGUGUCUUCUCUCCCCCAAAUUACUGCUGUGGAAGUGCUGGAAGCAAAACUAAAUAAAAUACUCAAAAAUAUAAAACUCAAAA